CAUGCCACCCAAUGCAACCCUAAUCAGAGCGACGUACAACAGCCGACAGCGUAACGAGGUGGAGCUGGAGUGGCAGGUCGACGGUACGGAGGAGACUGGAGGAUGGACUGGUUUCCAUGUGGAGUACCAGUGGGUGUCUGAGCGACCAAACAAGAGACGGAGCAGCAAUAUUUCACAGCUGCAGAUGGAGGAGAGGAUUGCCUCCCAAGACUGGUACCGUACCAUCAUCCAGGAUCCAGGCAGCAGGAGUCACACAGUUCGAGGACUGACUCCGACCGUUACCUACCAGUUCCGCAUAACACCCAUCAACCACCGCACCAUCGGACACCCGUCUCCAACAAAAACUCCAGCGGAACCACGCAACAGCAUGUACCCUGCUGUGAUCGGAGCAGCGAUAGGCGGGAUGCUCUUCGCAGCCAUUCUCACAGUCCUGCUGCUCAUGUACAUAAUCCGCAACCGCAACAACAACCCCAGACUGCAUGACAUGCUGUUUGGCAUGCAGCACAGCCAGUCAAGAGAGAACAUUAAUUUUCCAGAGGAUGAAAUGGUCAGAGGGUCAGAUGGAGGGAUAGAGGACAUCGGGGGAUUAUCAACUGCAGGCAAGUCAACCUGGCCUCAAAAACUGUUUCUUCUUUUCUUCUGUUUUUAUCAUUAACAUAACAUUUAGCAAUUUUAAGAAUCAACAGUUUAU